AUGACAACUUGCAUGCAUUGUGCAUGUCCUCCACGCACUGUCACACAACUUCAUCUCAUACCCAUGACACUACACUUCGACAACUCAAAUCAAAACUCAUCAUCAACCAUCACCUCAAGUCAAGAACUUGGAUCACAACUUGUCAUCAACAAUCAAACUCAAAUUACGUUGACCAACACUGCUAACUCAGAGAUGCCUCCUUGUCAAACCAGGAAACCUGCCGUUGGCUCUACCAAUCAACCAGCCAAGACCUCUGUACAUUCUUUUAAAUGCCUACGUCAACAGAAAGCUUCACCUGCACCUCCCCCAAAGCAAUCAGAUCAGACCUCACUCUGUUCGGCCAAGCGCCUUUGUGAAAAUUAUGACACACAAAAGACCAGCUCACCAGAUUCAUCAGACUCAGAUUCUGAGGAAGAUAGCUUUUGA